AUGGACAACCUUCUGUCAGAGCUCUCGCCGAAAUCGGCCAAGGUAGAGCCCCAAAGUUCGCCCCUACAAUCACAGUCCCAUUCACCACCAACUGAAACUUCCAACAAAGAACAAGGCAACCUCCCAGAGCUGAUAACUCAGUCAUUCAAGCUGGAACUUGAACGAACACCAGAGUUGUUUCAGCAAGCGAUUCUUAGUCCUGAACAGGCACCUCCACAGCCUCAACCAAUGGAGGUUGAAAACACUCAACCAACACCAAGAAAUACGAGUGAAGAUGGGAACAAAGAUGUUGAAAUAAUUGAGGAGGCGCCAAAGGUGGACGAAACUCCAAAGAUUCAAAGAUUGGUCCUCUCAGCAGGAUCGAAUGGAAGCGAACACAUUGCACAGUUCAAGAACGACUUGAGACUACGAAAUGAUGAGAAUGUGACAGAACAAUUGAUAAGUGAGGAUAUUCCCGAGAAGGAAUAUGCUCUUGUCACUUUGUGCAUUGAGUAUGAUGACGAUUUUGUUGAUAAUUUCAAACAGUUAAAUGAGCUCGUCAAGAAGGAUAUCAUCAAGAAUGCCAAGGAAGUGACUUACCACAUUGACUUUGACAAGAACAAAAAAUGGUCGGCAAUUUCAAAUGAAGAAAAGGAUGCUUAUACUCAAUUCAUCGAUAAUUUGGCAAAAGAGGCUGCAGCCAAAGUCACACACUGCUCGUUAAUCCAUAAAUACGACCCUGAUACCGUUUUUGUGACGGAGAAAGACCAGUUAGCUAAGCUAGGGCAGGAGAUCCAGAGUGAUGUGACGCAGUGGACUCAUUUAAAGAUAUUUGACUACGGUUUGAACUCUUUGCGGUUCUUUCCUGGAGUGAGGUUUCCAGACAGCCUUGAAUCUAUGCAUGUUGGAGGAGGCAAUUCCCUAGAAACACUCGCAGGUUUCAAGAUUCCUUCUAGCCUCAAAGCAUUGGAUGCAUCUAAGAGUCUCCUUUCAACGAUAGACUACAUUUCAUUGCCGCCAACAACAGAGCAUCUCCUUCUUUCAGACAACAGAAUCUACUUCUUGAACUAUGCCGAGUUCCCAGCUCGUCUACAAUCGUUAGAUCUUUCCAACAACCGCAUUGAUCUGUUGAAGAACAUCAAUUUUCCUAAAUUCCUUCGUUAUUUGUCAGUUUCCAAUAACCCAAUAGAGUGUAUUAAAGGCGUGCGGUUUCCGGAAAGCCUUGAAUACUUAGACGUUUCUUGCAUUCCAAAUGAGUCCAUGACGGGCAUAAAAUUCCCCGAUCUGGCCAUUUGGCUUAAUCUCCAGCAAUCUAUGACGAAUACUAGAGGUUUAAAAAUUCCCUCCAUGGUUAGAGAAUUGAACAUGGCUGGUAAUGGGGUCAACAGCAUUAAUCCAUUGAAGUUACCCAACUCCAUAGAGAGCCUUUUCUUGACCAACAACAAUAUCAAGACACUUAACAAAGUUGCAUUCCCAAGCUGUUUGAAAGAGCUCUACCUAGGGAACAACAUGAUCACAACGCUCAAGAACGUUCAGUUUCCACCUACAUUAGAGGUUCUCGAUCUUGAAAUGGACCCUCAUUUGGAAGAAAAUGAAAAGUUCAUCACCUCCAUCAAAGACGUCACCUUUACAGCUAAUCUCAAGGUGUUGAACCUUGGCUACCAUCUGAUUAAAACUAUUGAGUCUAUGGACUUCCCAUAUUCUUUGGAAGAGCUCAAGCUACAGUAUAAUGAUUUAAGAGUAUUCCGCAACGUUCGUUUCGGUCCUAAUCUUAGACUCUUGGACCUCAGUGGUAACCAGGACCUUUAUAACUUGGAUGGGGUGGUGCUACCAAACUCCUUGAAGGAAUUACGGAUCCCAUCGGUUUUAUUGAACAAUUUGCCAUAUGGCCUUGUGGAUAGAGUCAACAAGGGCGAGGUGAAGCUUACAAAGUCAAUGCCAUAUACGGUAUGA